GAAGCGUAAAAUUGUACUUUUUUUCUCUCUCGUUGAAUAUCGUAAAUAUCAGAAAAUAUACAUCGUGUUGAUCAGUGGUAACUUUAUUACAGUGUAACGUUAUACACUUGCCAGGACAAACAUUGUAAGACUUAUAUUACCGUAGCAUUCAAAUUCAGAGUAUUUCAGAAAAUUCAAAACAAUAAGCGUGAAUGAGAUUCUCCAAUAAUGAACAACAUGAUCUAAUGUGAUAUCUAACGUGCCUAUGUCUCUGAAAAACGAGCAUUUGGUUAAACACCUCCCACUCUGUUUACUCGUGUUAAAAGGGUGGGUGCACAAACGUGUGGUCCUCUCUCAGUAAGUAUCACAGUUUGAUUCACUCUCGCUCAUACGAGGGCCGACAUGGCAGCUGAGCGGAGAAAAGAACCAGGCGUUGUGAUUGAAGAUGGCUGGGCGGGUUACAGUUUGGAGCUGUUUAAUUAUCCAGAGCAUUACCGGGGCGAUCUGGAGUGUGUGUACAUCCCUCAUGGAGUCAUUAUGAACAGGAUUGAGUGUCUGGCCAGAGACAUUCUUGAAGACAUUGGACAUGAUGAUCUGAUGGUUCUUUGUGUUCUGAAGGGAGGAUACAAGUUCUGUUCUGACCUGGUGGAGUCGAUUAAAGCUCAGAGCCGCAGUGCCAACAGAAGACUGACCACCAGAGUAGAGUUCAUCCGCUUCAAGAGCUAUCUGAAUGACCAGUCCACUGAAGAUAUGCACAUCAUUGGACCAGAUGACCUCUCCGUGCUGAAAGGAAAGAAUGUCUUGAUUGUGGAGGCAAUAGUGGACACAGGAAAGACCAUGAGAGCCCUUCUACAGCACGUGGAGACGUUCCAGCCCAAAAUGGUUAAAGUUGCAGGGCUGCUGGUGAAGAGGGUUCCUCACGGAGCAGCAGAGCUCCCAGAUUAUGUUGGAUUUGUCAUUCCUAAUCAUUUUGUGGUGGGUUACGCUCUGGACUACAAUGAAUACUUCAGAGACCUCAAUCACAUCUGCGUCAUCAGUGAGACGGGGAAACAGAAAUAUAGAAUUUGACGAAAUUCCUCUUUUCGAGAGGAAUGGACAUUUAUGUUACCAGAACAGACACAAGAUUAUAGCGUUCUCAAAUCAGAGAGCUGAUAUCUGCAACUGACAUGCUAAAUUUUGUUUGAAAUAUUAUAUAAUAUAUUUUGCAUGAAUUGGGUCACACCGCAAUACUAACAUGAUAUGAUGCGGAAAUCAGACUUACCGUGUGAUAUUUUAUAUGCUGUAUACGAACCCAGCUGUUCGUUUUUUGUCCUAUUUAAGAGGUAUUUGUUUGACAGACCAUCCAUGCCACUGAAGACAUCUCAUACUUUUCAAACGUACAAAAUGCUGGCUGGUUUGGUGAUGACAACUCUUCGGCCAACUUUCAAUCUCUUCAUUGUUUUUACGAAUGUUUGAUAUUGCAAUAGUUCCUUGUUAAUAAAAGAUAUUCAGAGAUUUAUUGACGUCUUUGCAACAGACAGAUAUUUUUAAUCUGUUGAGGAGACCUUACAGAUUGACAGUAUAAACGAGUUUUAUAUUCUUCCAUCCAUUCCAUGGAAACUGAAGUCUAUCCCAGCAUCUCGGGAUUUAAGAAAAAGAACAUUUUGAACAGAAUGGAAAGGUGUACAUUUUUUUUCAGAGACUACAGAAGAUUUAAUGGUGCUAGAAAUAGGACAAGUUCAGAGGUCUUAUGGAGUCCAUUACUUGACACACCAGAGAUGAUGAAAACAUGAAAGGAACGUAUACAAUAUUGGUGGUUUUAAUGUUGAAGAUGGUCAGUGAAUAAAAUGGAUAAAACCAGUACAGCUAAUGUUACUUAAGGACAUCAUUAAAGCAAGCAAUGCCUUGAGUGCUGAUGCCUUCUACAAAGGACACAGAAAAUCAUGUAUUAAUGUUUAAAACACAAUGACGACAAACAAACAAAUAAAUAAUACAUGCCUUCAGCUUUUUUGUUGGGUUCCAGAAAGAUGUAUUUGCGCACUACAAAGUGGUGCUAAAUAAAGAACAUGUGAAAAGCCCUGAAUAAAGAUGAUUUAUUAGAAAUGUCUAUUGAAACUUUGGAUGGCGCUGCUUUUCCCAGUGUUUUGCCUGGGGUUUGACCUCUUUGUCAAUGUACAACCAGACAAAACCAACAUCAGGGGUUGAUUUGCUUUACAACCUGCUGUGGUUAUCUCACAUCUCAGACAAGCAAUGAAUUCAGUGGAAAUUUACUGCGCUAAUACAGAACUCAAAGCUGAUGUUCCCUGAGAAUCCUGAAGAAAAUCAUUUCAGCUCAUCUGCUUUGGAUCUGCUGUCUUACAGGCAAUCCGCUUGAAAAGGCUGGCUCUUGAAUUCAAUAAGUAAGCAAAGCGGAUGCUAACACCUCCAAGGGCGUUAGAUAACAGAGCCCAAGGCGACCUUGCAAUGAUUCUUCCUAUAUGUGGCAUUAUAUCGGAAACUAUGGACUAAUCCACAGUCAAAAAAUUAUUUUUUGAGUCUAGUUAUGAUAUUGUCCUACAUGGUUGGUUUAAAUUGUAGAGUGAGAGCUGUUUGUGCCUCACACUGAGCUUUCCAUGACUCAGUCUGGGCGCCAGCCGGGUACAAAUGCCAACAGCCGCCAUCUGCCAUCAGUUACUGCACCUCAUGACUGGAGAAUGCAAUGCUGCACUAAAAACACAAAACGGUUUAUUUCAUUAGAUCAGUCAGUGGGUCAUAACAAUGCAUGAAGAUAGUGCAUUAUUAUUUGUCUUACAAAAGACUGUGAGGCUUAUUUGUGUUUAGAGAUCCCAUUAAAUGGUCUGACGAAAGCAAUUUUCUGUUGUGUGUUUCCAGUUCAGACAAAUUGCAGGCCUGUGUGAUUAUCUUCUCCUUCUUUUUUAAUUUAAUGUUUGAGACUAGCUGCGCUUGGUGUGGGAUUAAAGAGCAUUCCAAAGAAAGACCAGAAGACCCCUCAACAUGGAGGGACAUCUCACUAUUGCCAUCUAUAUACAAAGUCUUUAUGAAGCGCCUGCUUUCAAGAAUACUACCUCGGCUGGUUGAUGCUGGAAUUCUGUCCAACAAACAAAACGCUUACACUGAGCCACAAGGCACAAAUGAGCUCAAAGCUGCACAAAUCUGCUAAGCUUUAUAUUGUAUUCCUUGACUUCAGGGAUGCGUUUGGCAUAUCGCCACAUAGAGUCGUGAAUGAUGCACUGGAAGAGAUACAGCUCCCUAAGAUCUAUGUGGACAUAAUAAAAGACGUAUAUCGUGACUACUACCUUAGAGGUGAUCUGUGGAAAAGACCUCACCGUAACGGUGCGACUUGAGGUAGGAAUCAAAACUGGCUGUCCAUGGAGCGCUGUAAACUUUAUCAUUGCAAUAAACCAAUGGCUAUGCUGAUGAUGUGGCCGUCGCAUCUCAAGCAGAAUGGAUCUCACUGAAGCAUCGCUCUCGCUGUUCUUUUAAAAGUGCAAGCAAUAUGAGACAUUCCCCACCAUUCCCCUCUCUGUAUGCUUCAUGACAUCUGGAGUCUGUAGCCCACAUUAUGAACAGUUGUUCAUCACUUAAAGGACUCUAUACUGCCAGACAUGACAGACCUGUGGACCUCAUUGCUGCUCAGAUUCCCUGCAUGGAUGAUAAGCAGAUCUUUAAACAUACUACUGUACAAUCUGAAUGGUAUAAUUCACCUGCAAAAGCUUUUUUAGGAAUUGCUAAUACACCGGAUCUCUCAGAAUGGCAAAACCUUUACACUAUUUGAAUAGUUUGACUUGUUUAUGAAAUACCAGUCAUUGAUAUAUAUCAUAGAGAAACUUGGGUACAAAUGUCAACCUAUUGUGCUAUUGUUCAUUAGUCUGGUCCACGUACAUAGGCUGGUGAUCCGUGGACUUUGCAUGGGGGGGUCUAUCUAACACAAGGGCCAGACAGUUGGCAAAGUACUGUUCAGUUUCAGCAAUUAUAAGAAGCAUGUUUAUUUGGAAAAAUACAA